ACUGAGGGCUACAAUGGCACCAUCUUCGCCUAUGGCCAGACGGGCAGCGGGAAGUCCUUCACCAUGCAGGGCCUACCGGACCCAUCCUCGCAGAGAGGCAUCAUCCCCAGGGCCUUCGAGCACAUUUUUGAGAGCGUCCAGUGUGCAGAGAAUACCAAGUUCCUGGUCCGGGCCUCCUACCUGGAGAUCUACAAUGAAGAUGUCCGUGACCUGCUGGGGGCCGAGAGCAAGCAGAAACUGGAGCUGAAGGAGCACCCGGAGAAGGGGGUGUACGUGAAGGGGCUCUCCAUGCACACGGUGCACAGCAUGGCCCAGUGUGAGCGCAUCAUGGAGGCGGGCUGGAAGAACCGCUCGGUGGGCUACACGCUGAUGAACAAGGACUCCUCGCGUUCCCACUCCAUUUUCACCAUCAGCAUCGAGAUCUACGCUGUGGACGAGCGGGGCAAGGACCACCUCCGGGCAGGCAAGCUGAACCUGGUGGACCUGGCGGGCAGCGAGCGGCAGUCCAAGACGGGUGCCACGGGGGAGCGGCUCAAGGAGGCCACCAAGAUCAACCUGUCGCUGUCGGCGCUGGGCAACGUCAUCUCGGCCUUGGUGGAUGGGCGCUGUAAACACAUCCCCUACCGGGACUCGAAGCUGACUCGGCUGCUGCAGGACUCGCUGGGGGGCAACACGAAGACGCUGAUGGUGGCCUGCCUGUCACCUGCAGACAACAACUACGACGAGACGCUCAGCACGCUGCGCUACGCCAACCGGGCCAAGAACAUCAGGAACAAGCCACGCAUCAAUGAGGACCCCAAGGAUGCCCUCCUGCGCGAAUACCAGCAGGAGAUCAAGAAGCUCAAGGCGAUUCUGGCCCAGCAGAUGAGCCCCGACAACCUGUCAGCCCUGCUGUCCAGUCAGGUACCCCUAAACCCUGUCCAGAUCGAGGAGAAGCUGGUGCCCCCAUCUGUGAUCCAGCCUGACACAGAGGCCGAGAAGCAGCUGAUUCGGGAGGAGUACGAGGAGCGCCUGGCCCGGCUGAGGGCCGACUACGAGGCGGAGCAGGAGUCCAGGGCCCGGCUGGAGGAGGACAUCACUGCCAUGCGCAACUCGUAUGACGUGAAGCUGUCCGCGCUGGAGGAAAACCUGCGAAAGGAGACAGAGGCUGUCCUGAAGGCGGGGGUCCUCAAGGCCCAGGGCACGUCCAGGGCUGAGUUUGCCAACACGUCUGAGGACUCACCCACGUUCCACUACGAGAUGGCCGUGAAACCCGAGGUCUACUCCCUGCCGCGCACUCUGCCCGGCGAGCACGUCUCCAGGACUGAGGUUUCUCCCAGCUUCGAGGAGCUGCCCGAGGCGGAGACCUCCAAGUCUGACGUGUCUCUGGGGUCUGACAAGUCUUUCGCACUCGAGGAAACCUCCGUGUCCGAGGCCUUCCUGGGGCCUCGGGAGCCCUCCGACCUGGAGUUCUUCAUGCCCGAGGUGGAGGCCAAGGGCAGAUAUUCCCCAGACGAGUAUCUCAGCCAGGAGGCUGCGGGGCCCCUGCUGCAGGAGGGGUGCGUCCCCGAGGAAGAGGAACCACAGCGGAUCACCCUGGAGCUGUUACCAGGCCUGCACGACCCGUUUGCCGAGGUGGAAGCCAAGCUGGCCAGGCUGUCCUCCACCGUGGUGGCAGCCGAGGUGCCCCUGGCAGACGUACCCAAGGUCCCUGCACAGCACCCCUCCCUGACGGAUCUGCUGGGGCCCGGGCAUGGUGACAUUAGGUCUGAAGCUGAGACAGCUGACUACCUCCUGCUCAAGACUGAAGCACAAAAGGCCACAGGGAGUGAGGGGAAGGCUUUAAGUCUGCCCACAUGUGUGGAGAGAGAAAACUAUCUGCCAGCCUCUGGACAGGAUCACUGGGAGGUUGACCAGGGUCCAGAAAUGGCCGAGGAGGUGGUGUCGGCAGCAGAGCCUGGCGUAGGGGCCGAGGCUGAGGCCUGGAGGGCCUUGGAGGCUCAGCCUCAGCCCUCGCUGGUCAUGACGAGCGUGAGAAGGGACAGUGUGGGCAUGGAGGUGGCGGUGCUGAGCGACGACCUGCUGCCCGCCGUGGACCAGCAGCAGGUGCUUGCCCGUUUGCAGCUGUUGGAGCAGCAGGUGGUCGGCGGGGAGCAGGCCAAGAACAAGGACCUGAAGGAGAGGCACAAGCGGAGGAAGCGGUAUGCGGACGAGCGCAAAAGGCAGCUGGUGGCAGCCUUGCAGAACUCGGAUGAGGACGGCGGGGACUGGGUGCUGCUCAACGUCUACGACUCCAUCCAGGAGGAGGUGCGCGCCAAGAGCAAGCUGCUGGAGAAGAUACAGAGGAAGCUUCGGGCGGCGGAGGUGGAAAUCAAGGACCUGCAGUCCGAGUUCGAGCUGGAAAAGAUCGAUUACCUGGCCACCAUCCGCCGGCAGGAGCGGGACUCCUUGCUCCUCCAGCAGCUCCUGGAGCAGGUGCAGCCUCUCAUCCGCCGCGACUGCAACUACAGCAACCUGGAGAAGAUCCGGCGCGAGUCCUGCUGGGAUGAGGACAACGGCUUCUGGAAGAUCCCUGAGCCCAUCAUCGUAAAAACCAGCCUCCCAGUAGCAGUUCCAACAGGGCCACAGAACAAGGUUGUCCGCAAAACCUCUGCCGCAGACAACGGUGAAGCAGGCAUGGAGGAAGACCGCUACAAGCUGAUGCUCAGUCGCAGCGACAGCGAAAACAUUGCCAGUAACUACUUCCGGUCCAAGCGAGCCAGCCAGAUCCUCAGCACGGAUCUCAUGAAGAGCCUCGCGCAUCACAGCUCUCCCCCCGGCCUCAGCUCCCCACUCAACAACACCGCGGCCAUCGUGCCCACCCAGGCCCCCGAAAUGCCCCAGCCCCGGCCCUUCCGCCUCGAGUCCCUCGACAUCCCCUUCACCAAGGUCAAGCGUAAGAAAAGCAAAAGCAGCUUCGGCAGUGAGCCUCUGUGA